CCCGACCCACAAUUUGAUCGGGUCUAACGGGAGUCACAACAAGUCAAAAACCCUACAAAACCCGUCAAUUCAAACAUAUUCCAACGUAUCUCUUUGUACCACCUCCACAUAUUCUCCGCAUUUUCAAACAUUAGCUCGCCGGAAAAAACCAAGUUCAUGGACUCCACUCCUCCGCCGCCGGAACCCAGAAACCGAACAAGAUCGUCUUCAAGGCGCUCCAAUCCCCUUCAGUCCCAAACCAAGAACUCUUUCUCAUCUCCCCUUCCCCAAAUCGGAGAACGAAGUCACGGUUACCGGAGAAUCUUGAAACUGUUGACCACGUCGCCGAGCCCGCCGGCGCUCGCCCGAGACGCAGGACCCGAAAUGCCUCUUCAGUUCUUGCUUCCCCUAGGAAUACCAGGAGACAAAGAAAGCGACGUGUACGUUGGGCUAUUUAUAUUCGAUUUUGGGAGAUGGGAUGAGACACCAUCUCCAAAAUUCCUCCUAGGUAGUGCUGAACCUGCAGCAGUUUGGAAAAUUAUUCUUCAGACUCGUGUUAUCUCUGCCAUGUUCUAUAUUGGAUUAUGUAAGAGCGGGGUACUCGUCACAAGAGUUACUCCAAAGCUAUUGCCAAUGAAUCGCAGGUUACUCGUCACAAGAGGGGGAUACGAAAAUGGACCAACGGCAUUGAAACCUCAACCUCUGAUAAUCUGCUGCACGUAAGUACUUUCAAUAUCUCAUUGCACCCAAACUUGAAUGCCCCCUGCCAUAAGAGACUUAAAAAAUGAUCUAUCUGAAAUCCACAAUUCAAAGAAAUGACAUAAGAGACUUAAAAAAUGAUUAUUUCUACUCACUACACAUUAUGCCUUAGAGUAUUCAUAUACUUUGGUCACCAAGUAUACAUUCACAAAAUAGAAAUUAAAGUAGGGUUAUUUCAUUGUGAGGGUGACACGUGGAAGGUGAGAUGGAGGUGACAUGCCAUUGAGGUGGAUUUAGUGUUUACAAGAGCGUUUCACAUUCGGCCUUGAAAAUCAGACGUCACCCAAAACCGCCGUUUCAUAUGCUUUAACCGGCGCCUGUUCCCCUAUGCGACCGGAGAAGUUCAAGAAACCGGCCCGUCAAGCAUCAAUUCUGGUGAGCAGCUUCCGGAACCCAUCGGUCGACCCUCAGAAUUAGCCAAACCCAUUGUGCACGAAUGAGCCAGUACGAAGAAGAAACAUUCCAGAUUCAAUUUUGGACGCAUUUUGACAAGUUUGCGCCCGUUCACCAGUCAUGGUGCAUCUAAUGUGCAACUCCGCCUAACCCAUCAGGACAUUUUGGUGGCUAAUUGAUCUUAGUUGUAAUUUGGCAGGGAAUACAUCCCAGGGGCGUGUUUGCAGCCUUGACAGUGUUAGAACAUCUAUUGCCCAGUGUGCCAGGGUUUGUGGGUUUUGAAAAACAAAAGGUGUGUUCUUUAAUAUUAUUUUUUUGCUUUUUAAAAAGUGGACUCUUCAUUUGACUCAUUAGCAAACAGUUCAAAGUCUGAUUUUUUUAAAAUAUUAAAACUACACUUUUUCUUUGAAGAUUUGCCAUUGGUGUUGUGUUCAAAUGGUUUGUUUAGUUGAAUAUUUGCAAGAUCAUCAUAUUCACUUGUAUAAGACGUAAGGUAAGGAAUAUUAACACCACAGCCUCCUCUUAUAAUUGGGUCUCGGACUCUGGGUUGGCCCAACAACUGAUGACUUCAUUUUUUAAAAUUUCAGGUUACUUCGGGUUCAUACUACUUCAUGUUUGGGUCAAUGUGGGUUCAAGUAGAGAACUAUAUGUUCAUCACCAUUAUCAUUCGGUUUGGGUCGACCCAACGGGUUAAAACUUUGAUUUUAAACAAAAUUUAAGUUCAUAU